GGUUAGAGAAUAAUACAACACCGACUCAGCUGAACAGACACAAGAAGUUAACUACUAGCAAACUGCUGAUCUUGUUUAAUAGCACGAUGACAGCAAAUUUCACUAAAUGCAUCUUCUCUGCUGAUUGUCCUGCAGUGAAGGCAACACAAAGUGGCAAUCAGAAGGGAGAAAUCCCUGGCAAAGUUGGAAGAACUUCUACUUGCUCAGGAUUGUCCAGGUGAAGACUCAGUCCAAGAAUAAUUCUUUAUUUCUUUACCUAAGGAGUUCAUUAAAAAAAAAAAAAAAAGAAUAUAAAUGUUACUGAAGUGUUGAAAAUACCGCUCAGUCAUGAGCAGCGACAGUAAUUCACUGGCACGUGAAUUCCUGACCGAUGUUAAUCGGCUUUGUAAUGCGGUGGUCCAGCGGGCUGAGUCCAAAGAGGAGGAAGAAGAGGAGACUCACAUGGCAGCACUUGGACAAUAUCUUGUCCAAGGUCGUGGUUUUAUUUUGCUUACAAAGCUAAACAUUCUCAUUGAUCAGGCACUGACAUGUAGAGAAGAACUUCUUACCCUACUUUUAUCCCUCCUUCCACUAGUAUGGAAGAUACCUGUUCAAGAAGAAAAAGCAAUAGAUUUUAAUCUACCAUUCUCAGCUGAUAUUAUCUGGACCAAAGAAACAAAUUCAAGUUCACUAAGAUAUACUCAGGAAAAAACACAUUUAGAAGGAAGUACCCAAACUGGUCAGGUUUGCACAAAAGCAAGUAUAUCUCGAAAAAGUAGACGUCAUCGUAAACCCACCCAUCGCUAUGCUGUAAGGGAUGAAAGAAAAUCUCAACUGUCCACCUCAGAUUCAGAAGCCAAUUCUGAUGACAAAAGCAUAGCAAUGAUUAAGCACAGGCGAUCCAAUCUACUGCAAUGUUUUUUAUCAUCUUCACCUAAAGAACACCAACCUCUAUCCAGAGAGACACCGAGACCUGAUACUAUGACAUUAGAAAAUGCCCCCCCAAUUAUUCCAAGACAUGAAGCAAACAGUGAAAUAUUAAAUGAAUCAGCUGCCUCUUCUAUUAUUAGCAAUAUGAACAACUCUCCAUUUGACUUAUGCUAUGUUUUGCUGUCUCUGUUAGAAAAAGUAUGUAAGUUUGAUAUUACCUUGAAUCACAAUUCUGCUCUGGCAGCCACUGUAGUGCCCACAUUAACUGAAUUCUUAGCAAGCUUUGGGGACUGUUGUAGUCUUAGUGGUAAUUUGGAAAGUGAAGUAGUUUCUACAGGUUGGACAGAAGAACCCAUUGCUUUGGUUCAAAGAAUGCUCUUUAGAACUGUAUUACAUCUUAUGUCAAUAGAUAUAAACACUGCAGAGACUAUGCCAGAAAGUCUUAGAAAAAAUUUAAUUGAUUUACUUAGGGCAGCUUUAAAAAUUAGAGCUUGUUUGGAAAAACAAUCUGACCCUUUUGCACCAAGGCCAAAGAAAACACUACAAGAAGUUCAGGAAGAUUUUGUAUUUUCAAGGUAUCGUCAUAGAGCACUUCUUCUGCCUGAGCUUCUGGAAGGGGUUCUGCAGAUUUUGAUUUGUUGCCUUCAAAGUGCAGCUUCAAAUCCUUUUUAUUUCAGUCAAGCCAUGGACUUGGUUCAAGAAUUUAUUCAGCAUCAUGGAUUUAAAUUAUUUGAAACAUCAAUUCUUCAGAUGGAAUGGUUGGUUUCAAGAAACGAAGUUUCCAUUGGGGCUUCAGAACAUUUGAAAACAUUAAUAAAUAGUGUUAUGAAAAUAAUCAGCACUGUCAAAAAAGUGAAAUCUGAGCAACUUCAUCAGUCAGUGUGUACAAGAAAGAGACAUAGACGAUGUGAAUAUUCUCACUUUAUGCAUCAUCAUCGAGAUCUUUCAGGUCUUCUAGUUUCUGCUUUCAAAAACCAGAUUUCCAAAAAUCCAUUUGAAGAGAUGGCAGAUGGAGAAGUUUAUUAUCCUGAACGGUGCUGUUGUAUUGCAGUAUGUGCUCACCAGUGCUUAUGUUUAUUAAAAAAAGUUUCAUUGAACACUACUUGUGUCCAGAUUCUAUCAGGGGUUAAUAAUGUUGGAAUAUGCUGUUGUAUGGAUCCCAAAUCUGUAAUCAUUCCAUUGCUUCAUGCUUUUAAAUUGCCAAAGUUAAAACAUUUUCAACAGCCCAUAUUGAACAUCCUUAACAAACUCAUUUUGGAUCAGUUAGGAGGAGGAGAGAUAUCUCAAAAGACUAAAUACGCAACUUGUAAUAUUUGUACUUUUGACCAGGAUCAGCUAGCCCAAUUAGAAGAGAUAAUGCACACACACUCAUGUAAAGCCGAUUUUGCUUCAGCUUUAUCUAGUCCAUCGUACAAAUUUCAAGGAAUACUGCCUAGUAGUGGAUCUGAAGACCUCUUAUGGAAAUGGGAUGCUUUAGAGGCUUAUCAAAGUCUUGUUUUUGAAGAUGACAGAUUACACAGUGUACAUAUUGCAAGUCAUGUUUGCAAUUUAAUCCAGAAAGGCAAUGCAGUUGUUCAAUGGAAAUUGUAUAAUUAUAUAUUUAAUCCUGUGCUCCAAAGAGGAGUUGAAUUAGCCCAUCAUUCUCAACAGCUAGGUGUUACUUCAUCACAUGAUGCAUAUAACUAUCAUAGCCAGUGUUUGUCUCUAGAAGUACUUCAGAUUUAUCUACAGACUCUGCCUACAUUGUUGAAAUCCAGGGUUAUAAGAGACUUAUUUCUAAGUUGUAAUGGAGUAAAUCAAAUGAUUGAAUUAAAUUACUUAGAUGGUAUUCGAAAUCAUUCCCUAAAAGCAUUUGAAACUCUAAUAACCAGCUUUGGAGAGCAGCAGAAAGAUGAAGUGAUUCCAGAAAUCGAUGGAAUAGACCAUGAAAAGAAGAUUUCAUCUUUAGUUACUUCUUCACUUAAGCAACAAGUAUGCUCAGAUUCUUCUCAAAGUCUUAGCAAAUUUUAUGCUGGCCUUAAAGAAAUUUGUCCAAAGAAACAGAAGACCAUUGGUCAGGAUAUACAUAUCAACAUGAUAAAUCUAUUCCUCUGUGUGGCAUUUUUGUGUGUUAGUAAAGAAGCUGAAUGUGAUCGGGACUCCACCAAUGAUUCAGAAGAUACUUCUGGCUAUGAUAGUACAGCUAGUGAGCCUCUGAGUCGUAUGCUACCAUAUUUAUCUCCAGAGAUACUUAUCUUACCUUCUCCAGAACAUAUCCAUAGAGCAGCAGACAUUUGGUCCAUGUGUCGUUGGAUCUAUAUGUUGAAUUCGGUUUUUCAGAAACAGUUUCACAAACUUGGAGGUUUCCAAGUGUGUUAUAAGUUAAUAAUUAUGAUAAUUCAAAAACUCUCAAGGGACAAAGAAGAACAAAGAAAAGAGAAAGGUCUUUUACAUGUAAAUGAAAACAAAGAUUUAGAGAAAAAUUUUCGAUCUGAAAUGGCAGUGGAUGAGGAUGCAGUACAUUUAAGUGUUGAUCGUGAGUUAAGUUCUUUAGUGUCAGAUAGUUUAGAGGAGAAUACUAAAAGUUUAGGUCAAUUAGAUUCACAGGAAAUUGUUUCUGAACCUUUAAGUAAAAUCUCAGCUUCUGUAGCAACUCUUGAACCUAAAGUAUCUUCAAGUCAAGAACAUGAGUGCACACUUCAAAGUAUAAGACUAUUAGAAGCUCUUCUGACUAUUUGUCUUCACAGUACAAAGACUAAAGAUCAACAAAAGAUGGAAGUAGAAUUACCUAAUCAGAACUUGUCUGUGGAAAGUAUAUUGUUUGAAAUACAAGACCAUCUUUCGCAGUCAAAGGUGGUUGAAACUGAUUUAGCUAAACCUUUAUUGGAUGCACUGCUUCGAGUAGCUUUGGGGAAUUAUUCAGCAGAUUUGAAUCAUUCUGAAGAGAAAUUUGAAAAGAUGCACCAGACUGAGUCAGAUUCAGUAUCUCAGCAAGGUGAUCUCUCAGAAGAAACCGAGGAAAGCCAUGGUACUCUUAAAUUUUUUGAUGAAGAAGAAGGUUAUGAAGCAGACAGUGAAAGUGACACCGAAGAUAGUGAAAGCCAAGAUGAAGAGGACAUAAGGGCUGAAAUAGAAUAUAUCAGUUCUUCAAGUUGUUUAAAUGAUGUGAUUGAAAACCUUGCACAAGGAGAAUUGGUAUAUCCUGAGAUUUGUAUACUGGAAUUAAAUUUGCUUUCAGCAAGUAAAGUCAGAUUUGAUGUGCUUGGCCAUGUCUUUGAGAGCUUUUUGAAGAUCAUCAGACAAAAAGAAAAAAAUGUGACUUUACUCAUGCAAAAGAAAAUUGUUAGAAAUAUCUUAGGAGGAUUCCUAAAAAUAUUUACUCGGAAUGAUUCUAGUUUACAAGCAUGUCAAAUGGUAUUGAUGGAUCUUUUGGUGUCCCUGAUGAGUUCAAGAACAUGUUCAGAAGAGCUAACCCUUCUAUUGAGAAUAUUUCUGGAGAAAUCUCCUUCUACAGAAAUUCUUCUUAAGGGUAUCCUGAAAAUUAUUGAGACUGGUAUUAAUAUGAGUCCAUUACAAUAUCUAACCUUCCCUUUACUUCAUAUACCAAAUAUAAGCAGCAACUCCUUUUCACAAAAAUAUAGCAGUAUUCUCAACAAUAAAGCUAUUGGGUUGCUAAAAAGGGCAAAAUUUCCUCAAAGUAAGAAAGAAGUUGAUAGUGAGAUUUUCCCUCAUCAGCUUCUUUCAUCUUGGCAUGUAGCCCCAAUUCACUUGCCUUUGGUUGGGCAAAAUUGUUGGCCACAUAUGUCAGAAGGAUUCAGUAUUUCCUUGUGGUUUAAUAUGGAAAGUAUUCAUGAAACAGAAAGUAUCUUAGAAAAAGUAAAGAAGAUAAAGAAAAGAAAAAAAUCAUCAUUUAUUCAAGAAGACAGUCUUGAUGAUACAGAAGGAAGCAAAUCAGAAAGUUUGGAAUAUAUGAAUCCUGGGGACAAACUUGUAGAAGAAGGUUGUAUUCAUAUGAUUUCAUUAGGUUCCAAAGCACUGAUGAUACAAGUGUGGGCUGAUUUGAGUACUGGAACUUUCAUCUUUCGUAUGUGCAUGGAUCCAAAUGAUGAUAUGAAAGCUGGAUUGCUAGCACAAGUUGAAUCACAGGAGAAUAUUUUCCGUUUGGGAAAAUGGCAACAUUUAGCAUUAACAUAUAUACAGCAGCCUGAAGGAAAAAAGAAUAUCCAUGGGACAUUCUCUAUAUGGGUCUCUGGUCAGAGGAAAUCUGAUGUGGUUUUGGAUUACACACUUCCCAGGAGAACAAGUUUAUCAUCUGACAGUAAUAAAACAUUUUGCAUGAUUGGCCAUUGCUCAUCAUCCCAAGAAGAAUUUUUACGAUUGACUGGAAGAUGGGAUCUGGGAAAUUUACUUCUCUUCAAUGGAGCCAAGAUUGGUUCACAAGAGGCCUUUUAUCUUUAUGCUUGUGGACCUGACUACACUUCUCUAAUGCCUUGUAAAUAUGGCAAAUCAGGAAACUAUCACUCCAAAUAUAUUAAUAAAGAAAUUCUGCAGUGUGAACAAAUCAGAGAACUCUUUAUGACCCAAAAAGAUGUGGACAUUGACCCCUUAAUUGAAGCUCUUGCUGUAGUUUAUACUACUUGCCAUCCUACCCAGUACACAAUCUAUGAACCAGUUAUUAGACUUAAAGGGCAAGUAAAAGUUGUACAAUCUCAAAGACCAUUCAGUUUAAAAGAGACUCAAAGCUUCUUGUUGGAACCUCAUCAUUUAAAGUGUCUCCAGCCUACUGAAUACAAAUCUCUUCAGGGAAUUCUGCAUGAGAUUGGUGGGACAGGUGCAUUUGUCUUUCUCUUUGCUCGGGUUGUUGAUAUCAGUAGUCGUGAGGAAACUCAGGCUUUAGCACUACAAGUAAUACUUUCAUUAACAAAAUACAACCAGCAAAGAAUGCAAGAAAUGGAGAAUUGUAAUGGACUUUCCAUGAUCCAUCAGGUGUUGAUCAAACAAAAAUGUAUCGUUGGCUUUCACAUUUUAAAGACCCUUCUUGAAGGUUGUUGUGGUGAAGAAAUUCUCAGCAUAAAUGAGAAUGGGCACUUUAAGCUGGAUAUAGAAUCCACUGCAGUAAUCCAAGAUGUUAAGUUAUUAGAAGAAUUGCUACUUGAUUGGAAGAUAUGGUCUAAAGCAGAGCAAGGUGUUUGGGGAACUCUUUUGGCAGCACUUGAAGUCCUUAUUAGAGCUAAUCACCACCUACAGAUGUUUAAUAUCAAGCAAUUAUUAAAAGCUCGAGUGGUUCAUCACUUUCUACUAACUUGUCAGAUUUUACAGGAACACAAAGAGGGGCACCUGGCUUCCAUUCCUCAGGAGGUUUGUAACUCCUUUGUGAAAAUAAUUGAAGAAGUUCUUGGUUCGCCCCCAGAUUUGGAAUUAUUGACACUUAUUUUCAACUUCCUCUUAGCAGUUCACCCUCCUACUAAUACUUAUGUUUGUCAUAAUCCUACCAACUUCUACUUUUCCUUGCAUAUAGAUGGCAAAAUAUUUCAGGAAAAAGUACAAUCAAUCAUGUACCUGAGGCAUUCCAGCAGUGGAGGAAAGAGUAUUACUAGUCCUGGAUUUAUGAUUAUAAGUCCAUCUGGUUUUACAGCUUCAGUGUCUGAAGGAAGCAGUCCUCCAAGCAUUAUUCCACAGCAGAAUAUAGUUCAAAUGCUGCGCUCUAAAAGUGUACCAGCGUCACCUGCUUCUUCACCACUUGUGCAUCAACGUAAGCUGUCAGGAAGUUUCGACAAUUUACAAAAUAUUCCAGAUAAUGACAUUUCUACUCAACCAGAGAAAGUUAACUCUGGGAGGAGUGCCGAUAUAUUGAAAAAAGUCCAUGAGGAAAUAUUCAUCAGUAGUUGUGAAUCAGCAAAAACUGUGUGUGAAUCAGAAGAAUCACCUUCCCCACAAAUUUUUGUCAAUGAUGUUCCAAAACCAGAGUCAGAAGAAUAUCCAUCGACUGUGUUGAACAACAAAGAUCCAAAUGCAGAUCUGAAAUUAGAUGGUGAUAGUCCUGGAGAUGAGAUCUCCUUACGUCGUCCUGAUAACCUAACGGUUCUUUCUUCAUUUCAGAGAAGCCAUAGUAUUAUUGCAAGUUUGGGGCUAGCUUUUCCUUCUCAGAAUGGAUCUUCAGCUGUUGCACGAUGGCCAAGUCUUGCUGACAAGAACAUUGUUCCUGAAGAUUGGGAAAACUUUACUUUUACUCCAGGUUAUGAACAAACUUAUAAGCAAACUACAAGUACUGAUAGUUCAGCUGAGGACUGUCUGGUUCUGAUAUGCUGUGGGUUAUAUGACCUCUUACGUGGAGUUCUUCUGAUACUACCUGAUAUCAUGCUUGAACAUGUGAUGGACAAACUUAUUCAAACCGACACACUUAUAGUUCUUCUCAACCACCCAUCACCUCUUAUACAGCAAGGAGUUAUUAAACUUUUGGCUGCAUAUUUUAGUAGAGCAUCUAAGGAGCAGAAAGAUAAAUUCUUGAAGAAUCGUGGAUUUGCCUUGCUAGCCAAUCAGUUAUAUCUUCAUCAGGGAACUCAGAAACUUUUGGAGUGUUUCAUGGAAAUGUUCUUUGGCCAUCCCAUUAUCCUUGAUGAUGAACUUGAUCUUGAAGAAGUGAAAAACAUGGAACUUUUUCAGAAAUGGUGUAUCAUUCCAGUCCUUGGACUAAUAGAGACCUCUCUCUGUGACAACACACUCUUACACAACUCUCUUUUUCUUCUUCUUCAAAUUUUAAAUUCUUGUUCUAAGGUGACAGAUAUGUUGCUGGAUAAUGGCCUCUUAUAUGUAUUAUGUAACACCAUUGCUGCCUUAAAUGGACUAGAAACAAAUAUUCCUUUGAAUGACUACAAAUUACUUGUUUGUGAAAUACAACAACUUCUUGUAGCUGUUACAAUUCAUGCUUGCAGUUCUUCAGGUUCACAGUACUUUAGGGUUAUUGAAGAUCUUAUUAUACUGCUUGGAUAUGUUCAAAACAGCAAAAACAAACGGACGCGAAAUAUGGCUAUUGCACUACAAUUCAGAGUUCUUCAGGCAGCUAUUGAAUUUAUAAGGACGACUGCAAACCAAGAUACUCAAAACCUGACAAAUUCAUUCCAAUUUCCUUCUAUUUCUCAUCAUGCAAUAUUUCAAAAGAGAAAAAGUAUUGCUGGUUCAAUUGCAAUGAAAGGUUCCAUUAUUCCUCAUCUACCAAGACGUCAUUUUAGUUCCUAUGGUCAACUUCCGAUGCCCCUCUCCUUGAAUUUGUUAAAUCAGGAAUCAACCCCUCAGUUUUCUACUGGAUUCACUUCAUGUUUGUUUCCCACAGAAGCAGAUCCCCGAAAAUCUUCUCUUGUUCAGUCUGAAUCUCUUCUGAUGAAAAUGCGUUCAGUGGCAAGUGAUGAGCUCAAUAUGAUGAUGCAACGAAGAAUGAGCCAAGAAAAUCCUAUUCGGGCAUCUGAAACAGAACUCACCCAGAGACUUCAGAGGCUCACUGUGUUAGCAGUUAAUAGGCUCAUUUAUCAAGAAUUGAGUCCAGAUUUUAUUGAUAUUCUGAGUACACCAGGGACCACAGCUCAAAGCAGAACCUCAAAUUCUGAGGCUGGAAUUUCUGAAGAGGAAAUUCAUCAUGAACACCUUUCCAAUUUGAACCCAUUUCAGAAAGAAAUGUUAAUGAUUAUGGUAGAAGGAAUGAGAAUAGCACUUGGCUCAACUAGAACCAGUACUCCCAGACAACAGUGGAAUAAGAUUCUGUUGUCUUGUAAAGAAACUUUCCGCAUGCAACUUGGGAGACUCUUAGUACAUUUAUUGUCACCAACCCGACCUCCCCAAGAGAGGAAACAAGCUUUAGAAAUAAUGCAUCAACCAAAUCAUCAGGAAAUACUGCGAGACUGCCUCAGCCCAUCUUUACAACAUGGAGCCAAGUUAGUCCUUUAUUUAAAUGAGUUUUUGCAUAAUCACGAAGAAGAAUUAACUGAAGAAGAACUUGCCACAGCAAGAUUAUUCAUGAAUAUUUUAAAAUUAUCUGGUCAUAAAUGCACUCUUCCCAGUCUUCCAACAAAAUCAGACUUCCUAAAAGUAAUCAAAGAGGAGUUAACGAAGUGUGAGAUUGAAGACUCUGUGAAUAAAGCUGCCUGGCAAAAAACAGUCAAUAAUAAUCAACAAAGUCUCUUUCAGCGCCUAGAUAUGAAAUCAAAGGAUAUUUCUAAAAUAGCUGCAGAUAUCACCCAGGCAGUGUCACUUUCUCAGGGAAUUGAAAGAAAGAAGGUAAUUCAGCAUAUCAGGGGAAUGUAUAAAGUAGACUUGAGUUCCAGUAGACGCUGGCAAGAACUUGUUCAACAACUUACACAUGACAGAGCACUGUGGUAUGAUCCCAUCUCUUAUCCAACUUCUUGGCAGUUGGAUCCAACAGAAGGUCCAAAUAGAGAGAGACGCCGUUUACAGAGAUGUUACUUAACUAUUCCAAACAAAUACCUUCUUAAAGAUAGGCAAAAAUCAGAAGAAAUCAUUAAACCCCCUCUUUCUUACUUAUUUGAAGAUAAAACACAUUCUUCUUUCUCUUCUACUGUAAAAGAUAAAGCAGCAAGUGAAUCUAUAAGAGUCAAUCGAAGAUGUAUCAGUGUUGCACCAUCUAGAGAGACUGCCGGUGAACUAUUAUUAGGUAAAUGUGGAAUGUAUUUUGUGGAAGACAAUGCUUCUGAUACAAUUGAAAGUUCGAGUCUUCAGGGAGAAACAGAACCAGCUUCAUUUUCAUGGACAUAUGAAGAAAUUAAAGAAGUUCAUAAGCGUUGGUGGCAGUUGAGAGACAAUGCUGUGGAAAUAUUUUUAACAAAUGGCAGGACUCUUCUGUUAGCUUUUGAUAACACUAAGGUUCGUGAUGAUGUUUACCACAGUAUACUUACAAACAACCUGCCUAAUCUUUUGGAAUACGGGAACAUCACAGCUUUGACAAACUUGUGGUACACAGGACAAAUUACUAAUUUUGAAUAUUUGACCCACCUAAACAAACAUGCUGGCCGAUCCUUCAAUGACCUUAUGCAGUAUCCCGUUUUUCCAUUCAUACUUUCUGACUAUAUUAGUGAAACACUUGAUCUGAAUGAGCCUUCUAUAUACAGAAAUUUGGCCAAACCUAUAGCUGUACAAUAUAAAGAAAAAGAAGAUCGUUAUGUGGACACCUACAAGUAUUUGGAAGAGGAAUAUCGCAAAGGGGCUCGAGAAGAUGACCCCAUGCCUCCUGUGCAACCUUAUCACUAUGGGUCACAUUACUCAAACAGUGGAACUGUGCUUCAUUUCCUGGUUAGAAUGCCUCCUUUUACAAAAAUGUUUUUAGCCUAUCAAGACCAAAGUUUUGAUAUACCUGACAGGACCUUUCAUUCUACAAAUACAACUUGGCGUCUCUCAUCUUUUGAGUCCAUGACUGAUGUAAAAGAACUAAUCCCAGAGUUUUUCUACUUACCAGAGUUCCUGGUUAAUCGAGAAGGUUUUGAUUUUGGUGUCCGCCAGAAUGGUGAACGAGUUAAUCAUGUCAACCUUCCCCCAUGGGCUCGUAAUGAUCCUCGUCUUUUUAUCCUCAUACAUCGACAGGCUCUGGAAUCUGACCAUGUGUCCCAGAACAUUUGUCAGUGGAUUGAUUUAGUGUUUGGGUUUAAACAAAAGGGCAAGUCUUCUGUUCAAGCCAUCAAUGUAUUUCAUCCAGCUACGUAUUUUGGAAUGGAUGUGUCAGCUGUUGAGGAUCCAGUUCAAAGAAGAGCACUAGAAACCAUGAUAAAAACCUAUGGUCAGACCCCUCGACAAUUAUUCCACACAGCACAUGCAAGCAGGCCCGGAUCCAAACUUAGCAUUGAAGGAGAACUUCCUGCUGCUGUGGGAUUAUUUGUACAGCUUGCUUUCAGGGAAACCCGAGAACCUGUCAAAGAAGUUAUCUAUCCAAGUCCUUUAUCAUGGAUAAAAGGUUUAAAAUGGGGUGAAUAUGUGGGUUCCCCAAGUGCUCCUGUACCUGUUGUCUGCUUCAGCCAACCACAUGGAGAGAGAUUUGGUUCUCUUCAGGCUUUGCCCACCAAAGCUAUCUGUGGUUUAUCCCAAAAAUUCUGCCUUUUGAUGAUAUACAGCAAAGAGCAAGGUGUGAGAAGCAUGAACAGUACUGACAUUCAGUGGUCUGCCAUUUUGAGCUGGGGAUAUGCAGAUAACAUUUUAAGACUGAAAAGCAAACAGAGUGAGCCUCCAGUGAACUUCAUACAGAGUUCUCAACAGCACCAAGUAACUAGUUGUGCUUGGGUACCAGACAGUUGCCAACUAUUUACUGGGAGCAAAUGUGGUGUCAUCACAGUGUACAUGAACAGAUUCACAAGCAGUACGCCAUCAGAAAUAGAAAUGGAAUCUCAGGUACAUCUAUAUGGCCAUACAGAAGAGAUAACCAGCUUAUUUGUUUGUAAACCAUACAGUAUAAUGAUAAGUGUAAGCAAAGAUGGAACCUGCAUCAUAUGGGAUUUGAACAGGUUGUGCUAUGUACAAAGUCUAGCUGGACAUAAGAGCCCUGUAACAGCUGUAUCUGCUAGUGAAACCACAGGUGAUAUUGCUACUGUUUGUGAUUCAGUAGGGGGAGGUAGUGAUCUCAGACUUUGGACAGUAAAUGGCGAUCUUGUUGGACAUGUCCACUGCAGAGAAAUCAUUUGCUCUGUUGCUUUUUCUAACCAGCCUGAGGGUAUAUCUAUCAAUGUAAUUGCAGGAGGACUAGAAAAUGGAAUUGUAAGGUUAUGGAGCACAUGGGAUUUAAAGCCUGUUCGGGAAAUUACAUUUCCUAAAUCAAAUAGACCUAUUGUCAGCCUUACAUUUUCCUGUGAUGGCCAUCAUUUGUACACAGCAAAUAGUGAUGGAACUGUAAUUGCCUGGUGUCGCAAGGACCAGCAACGCUUGAAACAACCCAUGUUCUACUCGUUUCUUAGUAGCUAUGCAGCAGGCUGAAUGUGAAGAAACUGUUGAGUUCUCUAAAGCACUAAACUAAACUACAAACUAGAUUAAUUCAUCUUACUGAUUUGAGCAGACUGAACCCAAACAAAUGGAUGACUAGAACAAAAAGUCUAAUGAUUAUUAAAUCCACAUAUGUCUUCACCAAAUUAUGAAUCAUCAUAGUCAUGAAAAGAAAUGUUUGUUCUUAAAUGUGUGGCUAUAUACAGAGUUGUAUCACAAAACUCUGAGUUUCAGAUGCUGCAUCAUAAAUCACAAUUAUAUUUUUAAACUUUUUUUUUUUUUUUUUACAAAGGCUUUCCCAAAACACUAGGCUUUUUUUUUUCCCCUUCCUGAAAGUGCCAAUAACAUUUAAAUUAACAUAUUUAUAAUGUGAUUGUCACAAUGUGUAUAGUAUUAGAACAGUUAUCUACUCUGGGAAAACCCAAAAUAUAAUAAAUUCAGGACUCAAUUAUUGCUUUCUUUGAGAAGCAAAUUAUUCAGUAGGUGCCUUUUGCACCAAGCAUUUUAUAGUGUCUGAAUACUCAAAUUGAAGUUCUCCUAAAUCUCACUGUUAGGUAGUUUUUUGCCAUUUGCCUUCUUAGCUUGAGGUAAAACAAGGAUCUUUCAACAACCACAAACAGGAAUUUUUAUAUCUUAACACAGAUGUAUCAUGUUUCUUCAUAAAAUAGCAUUCAAAGUAUAUAAUACUGGCUUUUGCAGAAUAUAUCUGGCCAGCAUCUUAAGGUUGAGCUAUGUACAACAGUUAUGUUUUUUAAAUACCUAAAAAGCAGAGUACAUAAACUAUUUAAUAAUUUGGAAUGAGAACCCUAUUCUGGGCAGAAAGUUUGAAUAGAUGUUAAUGAUAGAAGUACAUAGUAUGGAUUUUAAAGUGGAAUUUCCCAAAAACAUCACUGUAAAAGAAUAAAAGAAAUCUUUGUCAUUUUCAUAAAUAAGAGGCAAAAGUAUAGCAUUCUUAGAGGGAACAUCGCAUUUUCUAUUUCUAUUAUGUUGUUCUUACUCAAGAUCUCUACCAUUUACCAUCUAGAGCAUUAAAGAGCAUUCCCAGCUGCUUUGACGAUGAACAAUUGCCUUGUCUUACUUAGAAAGAAUGAUCUAAGUUCUGAUGUCUAUUUUUCUUCACUAGGAAAAGAUAUAGUAACUUAAACACGUAUCCCAGCAACCUUACAUACUUCAGAGACUGAAUCCAAAAGUCUUUGAGUAUUGUAUCUCCACCAUCAAAUUUUAAUUCUGUUUUUAUUUACUUGGGGUGCUGUUUUAUUGGUUUUGAAACCAAUGUACAGUAAGCUCAGUACUUUGUUAACAUGUGAUAAAGAUAUGCAUUCCUGCCCAUAAAUAUCUUAUGCAUUUGCUAUGAAAAUUCAUUUUGUAUUGGUGUUAUGUUUACAAAAUUUCUUUUGUACUUUCCUGACUUUCUUAAACAUUCUGCUUAAAGACUUAUGUAAAUUAUAUUUCCAUAUUCUCUGCCUUGAAAAAAAAUCAAAAUGUGUGUAUAUACAUACAUAUAUAUGCAUACUAGUGAGAUAAAAAAAGGUUACAUAUGCAUUUAUUUUAAACUGCUUAUACUUGUAAGUAUAUUAAAUAAGCUGGCACAGCCUAACAAUUACCUUUGAGGUCCAAAUGCAGCAGGGAUAAGAUUAUUCCAAUUCAUGUUGAAGUGACAUGUUUGGUUUGAAAAUUAUAAAUAUUGUCUGGUUUCCUUUUUGACUGAAGACUAUGAGUUAUUCCCCGAUUAAGAAUAGGGAUAUGCUCAGUCUUAUUUUUAAAGAAAA